GAGUCGAUGUAGGAUGCGCGAGCGCCGCGCCGCGGAGGCUGCGCCGCCGCCGGCCAGUGCUGUCAACUGCUCGGCACGAUCACGAGAUAGCUCGAUUUCCUUAUCAGAGAAACUGCCGCGCUACUGUUUGCAGUCGAGGAUCGUUUUAUUGAAGCAGGAACAUAAGCGGCCAACAUGGGGGCUAUGUUCCGGAGCGAGGAGAUGGCGCUCUGCCAGCUCUUCAUACAGCCCGAGGCGGCGUACACCUCGGUCUCGGAGCUGGGAGAAGCCGGCACUGUGCAGUUUAGAGAUCUAAACCCCGACGUGAAUGCGUUCCAACGCAAAUUCGUCAAUGAGGUCCGCCGCUGCGACGAGAUGGAGCGGAAACUGCGCUACAUUGAAACUGAAGUUCACAAAGAUGGAGUACAUGUCCCCGACGUCAAGGAGGCCCCGCGCGCGCCCAAUCCUAGGGAAAUCAUCGACUUGGAGGCGCAUUUGGAGAAGACAGAAAAUGAAAUCCUGGAGCUGUCUCACAACGCAGUCAACCUAAAGCAAAAUUACUUGGAAUUAACCGAGCUGCGUCAUGUUUUGGAAAAGACUGAGGCGUUCUUCCUCGCGCAAGAGGAAAUCGGAAUGGACUCCUUGACCAAAUCCCUGAUGUCGGACGAGUCGGCCCAGCAGGCGGCCAACCGCGGGCGCCUCGGCUUCGUGGCCGGCGUGGUGCAGCGCGAGCGCGUCCCCGCGUUCGAGCGCAUGUUGUGGCGCAUUUCGCGCGGCAACGUGUUCCUGCGCCGCGCUGAGCUGGACAAACCUUUGGAGGACCCGAAUACUGGCAACGAGAUCUACAAGACGGUGUUCGUGGCGUUCUUCCAAGGCGAGCAGCUGAAGUCCCGCAUCAAGAAGGUGUGCACCGGCUUCCACGCGUCGCUGUACCCGUGCCCGCCCUCCAACGGCGAGCGGCAGGACAUGGUCAAGGGCGUCAGGACCCGUCUGGAGGAUCUCAACAUGGUACUCAACCAGACCCGCGACCACAGACAGCGCGUGUUAGCCAGCGUGGCCAAAGAGCUGGCCAGCUGGACCAUCAUGGUGCGCAAGAUGAAGGCCAUCUACCACACACUCAACCUGUUCAACAUGGACGUCACCAAGAAAUGCCUCAUCGGGGAGUGCUGGGUGCCCACCGCGGACUUGCCGAAUGUGCAGAAGGCGUUGGCUGACGGAUCGAACGCCUGCGGCAGCUCGAUCCCCUCGUUCCUGAACUGCAUCGAAGCGGACGAGGAGCCGCCGACGUUCAACCGCACCAACCGCUUCACGCGCGGCUUCCAGACCCUUAUCGAUGCUUAUGGUGUCGCCUCCUACAGAGAAUGCAACCCUGCGUUAUACACAAUCAUCACUUUCCCCUUCUUGUUCGCCGUGAUGUUCGGCGAUCUCGGGCACGGCGCCAUCAUGGCCAUGUUCGGCGCCUGGAUGGUCAUCAAGGAAGUCCCUCUCGCCGCCAAAAAAUCAAAGAACGAAAUCUGGAACAUCUUCUUCGCUGGUCGCUACAUCAUUCUCUUCAUGGGCUGCUUCUCUAUGUAUACUGGACUGGUGUAUAACGAUAUAUUCUCGAAAUCUAUGAACAUUUUCGGCUCGGCGUGGAAGAUUCCGUACGACGAUCCGUAUAUGCAGGCGAAUCAGGCGCUUCAGCUGGAUCCUAAGGACUCUUAUAUCGACCAGCCUUAUUUCAUCGGUAUCGAUCCUAUCUGGCAGACUGCUGACAACAAAAUCAUCUUCCUGAACUCGUACAAAAUGAAACUGUCCAUCAUCUUCGGUGUCAUCCACAUGAUCUUUGGUGUCUGCAUGAGCGUCGUCAAUUACAAUUUCUUCAAGCGCCGCUACAGCAUAGUCCUAGAGUUCCUGCCCCAGAUUAUUUUCCUGUGCCUUCUGUUCGCGUACAUGGUGUUCAUGAUGUUCUACAAGUGGCUCGCUUACAGCGCUUUUAACGACGAUCCCGCGUUCCGCCAAGGCUGCGCGCCAUCAGUGCUGAUUCUCUUCAUCAACAUGAUGCUGUUUUCAAGUGCCGAGCCGGAGAAGCCGUGCAAGGAGUUCAUGUUCGAAGGCCAGGGCACCAUCCAGCGCGCGUUUGUGCUGAUAGCCCUGUGCUGUAUCCCUGUCAUGCUGCUCGGGAAACCUCUGUACCUGCUGGCGGCCGGUAAGAAGAAGCACGCCGCCAAGCCUGAAAACUCAAACGGCAGUGUGAACGCCGGCAUCGAAAUGCAAGAACAGACCUCGAUCGGCGACGCCGAGCCCGCGCCGGCGACCAAGCCCGCGGCCGGCCACGACCACGAGGACGAGCCCUUCAGCGAGAUCAUGAUCCACCAGGGCAUCCACACCAUUGAAUACGUGCUCAGUACCAUCUCCCACACCGCCUCGUAUCUGCGACUGUGGGCGCUUUCGCUCGCUCACGCUGAGUUGUCCGAAGUACUGUGGAACAUGGUGCUAACCAUGGGCCUGAAGGACCACGGCUACGUCGGAGCCAUUAAGCUGUACGUGGCGUUCUGCUUCUGGGCGCUCUUCACGCUGGCUAUCCUCGUCAUGAUGGAGGGCCUCUCUGCCUUCCUGCACACGCUGCGUUUGCACUGGGUGGAGUUCAUGAGCAAGUUCUACUCGGGUCUGGGCUACAUCUUCCAGCCCUUCUGCUUCAAGACGAUCCUUGACGCUGCAGAGGAUGAAGAAUAAUUCCAUUAAUCAUUACUUUAGUACAGGGGUUCUCAACCAGUGAGGCGAAUGCCAGAAAACAAAAACAUAUUUAUUUGCCAUUUUUACUAUGAUAAAAUGAUUUAUCAGCAGAAGGUAAAAAAGGUUAGGUACCCCUAUUUUAGUAUUUAAAUCGCAACAGUAUUUUGACUAAUCUUUGUGUAGCAAGGUCACAAAACAGUUUGAUUAAUUAAAUAUUUAUGCAUGUUUUAAAA